AUUGCAAGGUCAAGGCGAUACUGCUCGCUGAAUGAGAAGAUCCUCGUUACUGGAGCAACUUGAUUGGGUCUCUGCCGUCUUAUUUCUCCUAAAACGCAACUGGGCGAUGCUGUUCCGGAGCAAUGUGCCGAAAAAAUGGAAACGUCAUAAAAUACAACCUGCGAAAGAUGGAUGUAACAGCGACCCCAGCCUGCUGACAGAGCCGAGCCAGAGCCGAGGCCUACCGAUGGUCAUCCAUCCCGCGGACCGGUGCCAAGCCAACGGUCUUUCGGCCAAUGAGGAGCGACAUGUUUCACCAAAUUCUUUUCGCGCACACAAUGGCGGAAAUUUUGAGAUAGUUGGCCCGCUCUCGCAACAACUAAAGCUUUAGCAUCGUUCCGUAUAUCGGUGAUAAUACUUUGCGACUCCAAAAAAAAAAAAAAAAAAGAAGUACCUGCAGACUGGUUCUGGUAGAUAGGUAUCCAAAAUGGGCGCUUUGAGAAGAAUUAAAACAAAGCGCAGGACAAGGGAUUACGAUCAGGUUCGAGCUGAUAUCGAAUCCCCCAAACACCUUGCGCAGUACAAAGCAACCAAGGACCCCGAGGAUCUACCAGGGCUU